CUUUUAUUCUAAUAAUGUAGUUAAAUGUCCGAUCCAUUGUCAAAUAGAUUAGUAAGCAAUAAUUAUGUGAAAUGAUAUAGGAUAUACAAAACAACUGCAUUUAUAAAAAGUAAAGCGAAAGAGCGCAAAGAGAAUAGCUUUUAAUACUUCGUAUAAAGUAGAAUCGAAUUAAAAGAUUUCAUUGGAGUUAAACAUGGCCUUCACACAGCAUAGUGUAAACUGUAGUCUGGAUGACAUAGACUUGACAAGUCUCAAGGAUCCUGCUGGGAUUUUUGAACUAAUCGAAGUUGUUGGAAAUGGUACUUAUGGACAAGUAUACAAGGGAUGUCAUACAAAAACUGGCCAGUUAGCAGCUAUUAAAAUAAUGGAUGUUACAGAGGAAGAAGAAGAAGAAAUAAAAUUAGAAAUUAAUGUCUUAAAAAAGUUUUCUCAUCAUCGUAACAUCGCUACAUACUAUGGAGCUUUUAUUCAAAAAAGUCCUCCAGGAAAAGAUGAUAAACUAUGGCUUGUUAUGGAAUAUUGUGGAGCUGGAUCUAUAACAGAAUUAGUCAAAUCAACUAAAGGACAAGUUUUAAAGGAAGAAUGGAUAGCCUAUGUUUGCAGAGAGAUAUUAAGGGGACUGAGUCAUCUUCAUGCCAAUAAAAUAAUUCAUAGGGAUAUUAAAGGCCAAAACGUCUUAUUGACAGAUAAUGCCGAAGUCAAAUUAGUGGAUUUUGGAGUAAGUGCCCAAUUAGACCGUACGGUAGGUCGUCGAAAUACAUUCAUCGGUACACCUUAUUGGAUGGCUCCAGAAGUGAUUGCAUGCGAUGAGAAUCCAGAUGCUACUUAUGAUAAUAGAAGUGACCUUUGGUCUCUAGGGAUCACAGCUUUGGAAAUGGCAGAAUCACAACCACCUCUUUGUGACAUGCAUCCCAUGAGAGCAUUAUUUCUCAUUCCAAGAAAUCUUCCGCCGAGACUAAAGUCGAGAAAAUGGUCCAAAAAAUUUCAUAGCUUUAUCGAAACGGUACUAGUCAAAGAUUAUCAGCAACGUCCGUACACGGAUCAAUUAUUAAAGCAUCCGUUUAUUCGAGACCAGCCGACAGAAAGACAAGUGCGCAUACAGUUAAAAGACCACAUCGACAGAUGUCGCAAACACAAACAAGGGGAGAUACAAGAGGAAUAUCGAUAUAGCGGAAGUGAAGGAGAUGAUGAAGAUUUGCUGAUGCAGCAUGAAUUAAGAAAUAUUGAAACAAUGGAUGAAGAUGACUCCACAUUGAGAAGAGGAUAUCAGCAAGAUUAUAAUACUUUAACUCCUAGUAAUUCUCACGAAGCAUUGAGACUUGUCAAAGAAAUUCAAUCUUCACAACAAUCUGCCAUUAAUCCGACUCCUGCUCAACGUCCACCCGUACCACCUCAAAGAUUAAUAGUUGUUCCUGGUCCGGCCCCUCCAAGCAAACCAUUACCUCCCAUUCCCAUUGCCGAAAAUAGAAAAGAAAAGGAAAGAAAGCCAGCGGCUCCUCCGAGAAAUCAUCAACCACAACCCUCCCAAGCAUUUCACUUACCGAAAUCACCAUGCAGACCAGAUGAAAUAGAAGGCUUAGCAAAUCAGUUCAACGAUUUGUCCGUAGAAGGAAAUAAUCAAGUCGGAAGAUCUGUGACUGGCGAAUCUUCUGGUCUUAACGGAAAUUCUCCUGAAUAUAGUUAUAUAGAAGAACCGCCUGUAGCAUCAGACACAGAUUCCGAUGAUGAAGACGGACAAGUUCAGAAUGAUGGAACACUUUUAGCUUCUGAUCCACCCAGACCUUUAAACGUUUCAAUUCGGAAAUUUUUUGUAAUUAAAGUGGAAGCCGCUAUAAGUCAAGCACCGGAUCGACCACUACCACCAACUCCCGAUGAUGAUGAUAAUGACAGAACUUUACUUGCAAGAAAGAAUGAGAGAGAGAAAAAUAGAAUGGAUAAUCAUCAGUCUAAUGAAGGUGGAGCUAGAUAUCCUGGAUUGAGAAUGGAAAAUUCACAAAGCUCGCCAAGCAAUAUUGGUAUGUUGGGACCAAAUUCUGGUAAUCAGAUGCCCGAUUUACUUCCUACGUAUGCUUGUGCCGUGGGACCUCACAAACCAUUUGUUCAGUCCAAGUCUCAAGAUAAAAAUACAUCUGAAGAGGAUAUAAACAAGGUUCCUUCUCAGUUACAUCACAAGCAACGUUCCUUUUUAACAUUCGGCUUCGGUGCAGGUGGAUUGGCCCAUUCUCCAUCUCCAAGACGUGAAUCUCAUCUUAAUAUCAGUAUUACACCGACUCCACACGAAAUUACACCAGAAACACCGGAAAUUCGAAAGUAUAAGAAACGUUUCAAUUCGGAAAUUCUCUGUGCCGCAUUAUGGGGUGUGAAUCUGUUGAUUGGAACAGAAAAUGGCUUGAUGUUGCUCGAUCGAAGUGGACAGGGGAAAGUUUAUCAGCUAAUAUCACGAAGGAGGUUUCAACAAAUGGAAGUGCUGGAAGGACAGAAUAUUUUAAUUACCAUAUCUGGUAAAAAAUCUCGAGUGCGUGUUUAUUAUUUGUCUUGGUUGAAAGGCAAGAUUCUUCGAACAGAUGGACAAGUGGAAAGAAAGAAUGGCUGGAUCAAUGUAGGAGACUUACAAGGAGCUGUGCAUUUUAAAAUAGUGAAAUACGAGAAGAUAAAAUUUUUGGUGAUAGCACUGAAGGAAAGGAUAGAAAUCUACGCCUGGGCUCCCAAACCAUAUCACAAAUUCAUGGCCUUCAAGUCGUUCCCGGAUCUAUUACACAAACCCCUUCUGGUCGACAUGACGAUCGAAGAGGGAGUUCGACUGAAAGUAGUUUAUGGCUCUCAGACGGGAUUCCACGCCGUAGAUUUGGAUUCCAGCACCCUCUACGAUGUAUAUCUUCCGGUUCACAAUCAAGGACCCAUUACACCCUACGCCAUCGUCACUUUGCCAAAUUCGAAUGGACUGCAGUUGUUACUUUGCUACGAUAACGAAGGAAUUUACGUCAACACUAGCGGUAAAGUUAUCAAGAACAUAGUGUUGCAGUGGGGCGAAAUGCCAUCGUCGGUCGCUUAUAUUGGAACCGAGCAAAUCAUGGGAUGGGGAAAUAAAGCGAUCGAAAUAAGGAGCGUGGAAAACGGCCAUUUAGACGGCGUCUUCAUGCAUAAAAAAGCUCAGAGAUUAAAAUUUCUAUGCGAAAAAAAUGAUAAGGUGUUUUUUUCGUCGGCCAAAGGCAGUUCUUCGUGUCAGAUAUAUUUUAUGUCAUUGAGUAAGCCGGGAAUGGCUAAGUGGUAAUCGAAUUUAGUUUAGUCCGUAUUUAAUUUUUCCAUUCCAGAAAACCACGAGUCGAUAUUUUAAGACGUAUUCGUACCUCUUAUUUUUCUUUGUCUUUAACAAAUGCGUUAUAAAGAAAGAAAAGAAAAAAUAUAUAUAUACAAAAAAGGUCGCGUAAUCUCGAACCUUUAGAGUAAUCGUCCUGUAAAUGCUGAAAUGUCAUUGGGAUUUUCGUAAGUGUUUAAGACGUUUUAAAUCUGUCGAACGUUUGUACUCGUACGACGUAAAUAGAGGCUCGUUUACGUAUAUUUAAUGUCGUAACAAUUUAAUUAAAAUGCAAGCCAAUUUUGUUACGUAUUCGCAAUUACGCAGCCGCGUGCCCGCCCGAUCCGUUUGUUUCCACCGUAUUUAUUCGAAUAUAUAUACAUAUAAACAAAUAUAUAUAUAUAUUUAUUUAUAAAAUAGAAACACUUUAAAAAAGUAACGAAAUCGUAAUAGCACUAGUGACGUCAAACAGAAAGUUUGCGUAAUCGGAUCCGAAAGUCGAACGGGAUUUCCACUCGAACUUUCUGUCAAGCGUAAUUAUUAGCCUUUGUUGUUAAUUGUAAUUAAUUAAUUUUCUUUUAUAGUCAGCGAGUGGAUCGAGAAACCGGAAAUUCCGGUUUGUUUUCUGGCUCGUGUGUGUGUGAAUCGUAAGCAUUCCCCCCCCAAAGAAAUUUCAGCAUUGCAGCAUUCGUUACAAUUGAGUUUAUUAUUAUUAUUAUUAUUUAUUUACUUAUUUUUAUUUGUAUUUUUGAUGCGUUUGUUAUUUACUUUUUAUUAUUAUUAUUUAAUAUAUUUUAAUUGUUUAUUUUUAUAUUAUAGGAGGUUUUCUGUUCAUAUGGUGGAAAUUUAGUAAUAUUAUUAAAAAAAAACCAAAAGACAAUACUGUCGUGCCCGGUUGCAGUAGUUAUUUUUAUACUGUGAUAUUUUAUAUUAUUUAUAUAGUUGUUUUAUAAA